GGAGUUUCAUACCGAAACAGACGCUUAUUUUGUCGGAUCCGUUUCAACCUGACUCCCUGGGGUUUACGGCUGAAAAAUAGACACUUAAACAGCCCUAAAAUAAUUAACACGAAUACCUUGAUUUGUAGUAACAACGCUGGUUUCUAACUGUCACGAAAGGUGAGUGAAAAGUUGUGUUUUGACGACGUUAUAAGCGAUUUUCAAGUCGUGUCUCCCCCAGUCUUUGUAACACUCAUGGCGGCUCUGCAGUGAGAGCUUCGGGGCAAGAGCAAGCAGAUGCGCUCGCUCGCGUAUCUGUUUUUCAGCAACUCCUCACUUCAUAAGCGUUUCUGAAAUUUGCACUUACUGCUUUUGGUAGUUUAUAAAACCACAUUGACAGUUUAACUGUGCAAUCUUCUCCAAAUUAUACCAUUAAAACUACUUUUCACAAAAUAACGAAUUGUACUACAAAAUGUACGUGUCCUACACAUCCAGUCUGCUAAUAAGAAAUUAAGUCUACUGAGCGUUUUUUUGUUGUAAAUCUUAGUCAUGUAUAAUAUAAUAUUUUCCAAAAAUGUGUUUGUUAAGAAGGCUUUUCGUGCCAGCGGAAGCUGCGUUUUGACUCCUGCCGGAAUAAGGGCGCCAUUACUGGGGUAACAAGCAGAAAACGGUCAGUGUUCCCAAGACAAAUUUAGAAGGCUAUGAGUAGUCUUGACUCAAUAAUAGAAAUACAUUACAUUAGCAAUAACACGGCCCCUCGAAAUAUGUGAAUGCAGUCUAUGAUGAGCAUUUUAUGUUUUCAUAGUUUGUCUGUUAAAUAUAUUCUCAGGAUUUAUUGGUAGAUGUGCAGAUGCAUGCAUGUAACACGUUUUUUUGUGCAAUGUAGGCCUAUGUUCUCGAAUAAAUUUGCAGGAUCUGUUGUGUGUUCCGAAGUUUGACCUUGUGAGCGGGCCAUAACACUGUAGCCUAUACACCGAGAAAGCGGCGCCUCCGUCGGGUUCACAGCUGCGCCACCGCUUGGGCGAAGCGGGCGGGGGUAGUCGCGCACUUUCUGGCAGUUCGAUUCAGCCCGCCGCCACGGAAUGUUCAAGCUGUUCCAGCAUUCUAUUCCCUUCUCUAGAACGCUCCCUCCCGCCUAGGCUAUCUACCAAGGCUAGCCUAUAUACCCAACCCAGAUCGACCAACCCAGUCGCUGUUAGGUAGGCUUUGGGUCAGGGGCCUGAUGAAAAGAAGCAGAAAAAGGCCAGUAUGGCCGCGGAACUAAUCGUCCCCUAGCCCUUGAUCAUGACCGUUCCAUUACGAAUUGUCAUUGGACCUAGGUGUCUUCUGUACGGGGAGUUAUGUUUAAGAGCCCUGACGCUCGGUCUGAACAUUAACACACAUCGCUUGCCGUACAGUUUUGGAAACAUAAGGACCUUAUUUUCAUAUCUACGAUAAAUAAUAAAUCGGCUGCCCUUGAAAAACAACACGAUGAAACAAUAAAUUGAUCGUUUCGGUUCUCUCAGUUAUCAUAUUGUGUGCCACUGCCCUGAAGUAGGCUAUGCAAUGUUGUUCUGUCAUAUGAUAAAGGGUGGAUAGAUAGUAGGAUGAACCUGGGCAGAGGGUCUAAUAUUAGUCUAAUGAUCUAAUACACUCAUUCACAUUGAAUAAUAUGUUAGUUUCAAUUUCUCUAUUUUCUGAUCCACUUGUUUAAAUUGAAUAAUAUAAAACUGUUUACAAUUUUAAUUGAUAACUUUUCUACACUGUAAAAUUGAGAUUUUCUAAUUUACCUUUAUUCCUUUGAAAAUGAAUGUUGAAAUAUUGGUGUGGCUGGGGAAACGGAGUGAUUUCUAAGUAUGUGGUUCAUGUGUACCCUACCACUGCAGUUCAGGGGGAGAUUACACACCAGAUAUCCCCAAAGCAAUGCUAUACUGGUACUGUCACUGACUGUCACUAAUAGGCCUAAGCUUAUUAUCUUCUGAAUGUAGCCUAAUGAACGGAUUGCGUCAAAGGAUUGUGCGUCCCUGGCUCAUGGGCUUCCCCCGAACCCAUGUGAUGUGCAGCUUGCAUAGUAAAGCCCUGUCUGAGCAAUUUUACGGUCCAUUAUUAUAACCUAUUACAGGUCUAGAGUAGACACUAGCCUCUAUACGAUGAACAAGUAGCCUAAGUUAGCGGUAUAGCUGAGACAAAUGCAUAGCCUGUAAUGGAGAUGAGGCCCCUGUUUUGGGAUAACCUAUACAUCCUUCAUUCCUCCCAUCCUUUAAGACAUCACUGAUAGAUGUGUGAAAAUAGAUUUUAUGCUAGGCUACCAACCAAGUCAUGUCAGAUCAGUGAUUAUUUCUAUAGCCUAUGAUCAUUGGUCAUCAUUGAUCUAAUAUAUAUAUAUUUAGAUCAAUGAUUACCACUAUUUGCAGGAAUGGUCCUUGAGUUGCCUCUCCUCCCACAGACACGUUUGUGUAAAAUCCCUGCUUCGUUCCUACCACAGCCGUUGGAUAAGCCAUAUCAAUGUUUUUGAACGAAUUUAGUCCUGGACGUAACCAUAGGAUAAUGUAUAGAACCCGUGGACAGGACGUAACCAUAUGAUAAUGUAUAGAACCCGUGGACGGAACGUCAAAAGUCAGUUCUUGAAUUUGAGAAAUGUUAUUGUGUAGAUCAAUAUCUUUACAUAUUGGAAUUGGUGAGUUUUUACGUACAGGUUUAGCUCAAAGAGCUCUCUCCAUGCAUAUGUCCACAUUUAGCCAUAGUUAAUUUGUCUAUAAUGGGAGUUCUUUUGAAGUUGUAGCAAGCAGGACCCUAAAUAUUGAAUGCUUUUGUGGUUCCAGAAUCUCUAGGAAUCGGGUCAGUUGAGCUGCCCACAGACGCUGCACCAUGAACAGCAGCAGCAGUGUGCCCUCUGCCUCCCAGACCGUCCAGAUAAAAACCGAGCCAGGUAGGCCAAAUAAUCAAAACCACCAUUCAUCAACCACAAUAUAUAUUAUUUAUUCUAAUAAUAGUUUUGUAAUUUUGUGUAUCCUUCCUUCAUGCUUAUGUAAUUACAUGUAGGAGUAUAUUUUUAUAUUGUAAUAUUGUGUUGAAUUCUGGUUGACUUUUGAAAGAUCAAUGUGUGUUUGACAUUUACUUAGAUAUCAGUCUCUCAGUUUAUCUGUUCCAGGGUCAGCUUGAGGUUUAUUGUGUCUACUAAAGGGGCCAGUCAAAACAAAGGAAACACCUGCUCUUUGAUGUUGCUUGACAGAUGUGGUUGUGUGUUUGUCUAUGUUCCAGUUGUGGAUGCAUGGAGUAAGGAGGACUGCCUCACACUUUUGGAGAGGAUUCGGAGCCUGUUGCCUGAUGGUGACGCCAUGAAAUACAAGACCACCGAGUCCCACUUUGACUGGCAGAAGGUCUGCUUCGGAGACUUCACCGGCGACAUGUGCAAACAGAAGUGGGCGAAGGUGUCUACUGAGGUUAGCCAAUCACAAUUUCAGCCAAUCACAAUAGCAGAAAACUCUAGUUUCUGUUUUGAAUCUGUGGAGGGAAGAGUGUCACAGAAAUUGGAGAAAAAUAUGUCUGUAGUCUCUUUCUACCGGCAAAAUGGCACUAUGAAAAUGUUUGAAACAGAAUUUCAGUUUUUUAUCUAUUUGACACUGUCUUCAGGUGCGUAAGUUUAGGACUAUGACAGAGCUCAUAGUUGACGUCACUGAGUUUGUGAAGAACCCUUACAAAGGGAAGAAAUUGAAGGUAAGGAAUCAGGUGUUAAAUUGGACUCAUGAAAUUCCACGAAAUACUAGGGUUAUUUGGAGGAGAAGACUUGAUCAUUCACAAUACUGUUGCCAAUCUCACGCCUUCUACCAUAUGAUUGACAAUUAUUCUGUUUUCCACCCUAUUAGACACACCCAGACUUCCCAAAGAAACCCCUUACACCGUAUUUCCAGUUCUUUAUGGAGAAGCGAGCUAAGUAUGCCAAGAUCCACCCGGAGAUGAGCAACCUUGACCUCACCAAGAUUCUGUCCAAGAAAUACAAGGAGCUCCCAGACAAGAAAAAAGUGAUGGUCAACUCUACCAUGCUCUUUCAUUAUGCCUUUGGGAUAAUCUUUAUUUAAUUCAAAGCAGAUCUCACAUCUAGACAUGACAUCACUGUAUAGAAAACAGAGAGUGGUUUGUGAAUAGAAGCUACACUUCUUCAAUUGUAGUAUCUCUGUUAUUUUUUCAGUUAAUAACUAAUUGACGGAGGGUUAUUCUCUGUUCCCCACAGCAAAAGUACAUCACAGAGUUUCAGCGGGAGAAGGAGUCCUUUGAGAAGAAUAUGGCCCGAUUCAAGUGAGUGGCAUUUUCUGUCUUGUUGAAGCCGGUUAACAAGUUACUUAGUGUUCAGUGGCCAAAUUAACUUCCGCUGCUGAAUAAUAAACAACACAUUCCAAAGCUGACUAAUUUCCCUUGAAAAAACCCAAGUAAUCACUCCUCUAUCUGUUUGUUGAAAGGGUAUACCACCCAUAUACAUCUGCCUUAAUGUCUUUGCUCUUGUUCACGGCCAGAGAGGACCACCCGGAGUUGAUAGAGGAGAGAAAGAAGUCGGACCUUCCUGAGAAGCCCAAGACGCCCCAGCAGCUGUGGUACAACCAUGAGAAGAAGACCUACAUGAAGCUCCACCCCGAUGUGAGUGUUUGCAGAGGACCCUGCCCAGCUAAGUCUGGGAUUUCACUGAAUGGAACUGUUGAGUGUUGUGCUUCCAUGAAUUCACCCUCAAAAGAAAAUGUCCCUGUUGGAAUCCUUUGUGGUGAAUGAUGAAUGCCUUUCCUUUCUCUGGGGUUACCAGGUGAGCCAGAAGGAGCUGAAGGAGGCUCUGAGGAGACAGUGGUCCCAGCUCUCAGACAAGAAGAGACUCAAAUGGAUCAGCAAGGCCCUGGAGCUGCAAAAAGACUAUGCGGUAAGAGUUUAGGGGUGAAGGGUCAAGAGUAAAUAUUCAAAAGUAUAGCACCUUGUCAGGACACAACUUGGUAAUCCUUUACUACCUUUUCCUGGUAGAGGAAACCAGCACAUUUGCCUCUUCAUCAUGUGUGAUAUACACUGCCUAGAGAGAAACAUGCACAUUCUAAAUAAAGAGUAUUUCAUCCCCUUUUCGGAAGUAGAGCACAAGUCACAGUCGAUGACAAGUCUUGAUGAGGAGAAAUUGUCCAUCAUUUCUCAUUGUCACCCAAAAAGUUUGAUUGAAUCUAUGGUUAUCACUACAGGGUAGUAUGAGAGUCUACCAAGAGGCCCAUCCAGAUGCUGAAGAGCACGUCAAGUCCGUCCUCACCAAAGCUGAGCGGCAGCUCAAGGACAAGUUUGACGGCAGGCCAACCAAACCACCGCCGUAAGUUGCUUGAUCGGAGUCACAUUAUUUUAAUGAAAGAAUAGUGGGCAAGUGGAGAGGGGGUAGAAGAAUGUAUAGGGGCACAGAAAAGCGACUGAGGUGGCGCUCGAACCCCCGUCCAGUAUCACCAGCGCUACCACUACCAGACUUCGGCGGUCUCUUGGCAGUUCUGAAAAGACCAAAAGGGAUUUAGGCCCUCAUGAGUUUUUGGAUAGGAGAUCCUUUAUUCAGUGUUUCCCAAACUCUGUCUAGGGGCCCCGCCUGGGUGCACAAUUUUGUUUUUGCCCUAGCACUACACAGCUAAUUUUAAUAACCAACUAAUCAUCAAGCUUUGAUUAUUUGAAUCAGCUGUGUAAUGCUACAGCAAAAACCAAAACGUGCACCACUUGGGGUCCCGAGGACAGAAUUUAGGAAGCACUGCUUUAUAUGCAAACAGUAGCUCUUGGUUUCUGUGGAGUUUAAAGACCUGUGGUGUAGUCUAAUUCUCUGGGGCUGAACAAAUGGUUUUUGGUCUUCAGGAAUGGUUACUCCCUAUACUGUGCCGAGCUGAUGGUGAACAUGAAGGAUGUUCCCAGUACGGAGCGUAUGGUGCUGUGCAGUAAGCAGUGGAAGAUAAUGACGCAGAAGGAGAAGGACAUGUUUCAGAAACGCUGCGAGCAGGUCAGUCUUGUUCAGCUCUGUUCAUGAGGAAAUGCAAUGAACACCAGUAUUUUCUUUUUCAUUUCGUAAACAGGUCCAGGUCUGCCUCCUUAAUAGCUGCUUCAAAUAUUUUGGCCUCUAUUGGUUUCAAUUGUUAGUUUUUUGCUGCCAUGUCAUGCUGCUUCUGGGAAACAUUGCAGAAAAUAUAGAGAAAUACCUGUUUAUAGCCGAAGAUGUGUUGUGAAGGUUUGAAAGGGUUUCUGUCAUGAUGACAAAGUUUAUGUAUUGUCAUUCACAAAUCUGAGCAAUGCUCUUUCUUUCUCCCCGCUGCUGGUGUGUCUGGGUACAGAAAAAAAAGCAGUAUGAAAUUGACCUACAGAGGUUUCUAGAGGUAAGUAGAACUGAAUAUAACCAUAUCUAUAGUACUGUACAUCACACUACACAUUCUUAGCUGACCUGAGUUUUAGAAGUGGAAGUCUAUGACAGCCUCCAUGUCGGUUCUGUUUUCCCAGAGUCUCCCGGAGGAGGAGAGGGACCGCGUGAUGACGGAGGAGAAGCUGGGGGGCUCCCGGCUUGGCAUGGGGGCUGCUGCCAGCCCGCAUAGAGCCAAGUCCACCUCUGCCAAGGUGGGUCUCACAAAACUACAACCGGUACAGUACCAGUCAAAAGUUUGGACACACUUACUCAUUCAAGGGUUUUUCUUUAUUUUUUUUACUAUUUUCUACAUUGUAGAAUAAUAGUGAAGACAUCAAAACUAUGAAAUAACACAUAUGGAAUCAUGUUGUAACCCAGAAAGGUGUUUAACAAAUCAAAAUAUAUUUUAGAUUCUUCAAAGUAGCCACCCUUUGCCUUGUUGAAAAACGAAUGAUUGUCCCACUAAGCCCAAACCAGAUUGGCUGGCGUAUCGCUGCAGAAUGCUGUGGUAGCCAUGCUGGUUAAGUGUGCCUUGAAUUCUAAAUAAAUCACAGACAGUGUCACCAGCAAAGCACCCCCACACCAUCACACCUCCUCCUCCAUGCUUCACGGUGGGAACUACACAUGCGGAGACCAUCCGUUCACCUACACUGCGUCUCACAAAGACACAGCGGUUGGAACCAAAAAUCUCCAAUUUGGACUCCAGACCAAUGGACAGAUUUCCACCGGUCUAAUGUCCAUUGCUCGUGUUUCUUGGCCCAAGCAAGUCUCUUCUUAUUAUUGGUGUCCUUCAGUAGUGGUUUCUUUGCAACAAUUCGACCAAGAAGGCCUGAUUCACGCAGUCUCCUCUGAACAGUUGAUGUUGAGAUGUCUGUUACUUGAACUCUGUGAAGCACUUAUUUGGGCUGCAAUUUCUGAGGCUGGUAACUCUAAUGAACUUAUCCUCUGCAGCAGAGGUAACUCUGGGUCUUCCUUUCCUGUGGCGGUCCUCAUGAGAGCCAGUUUCAUCAUAGCGCUUGAUGGUUUUUGCGACUGCACUUGAAUAAACUUUCAAAGUUCUUCACAUUUUCCGGAUUGACUGACCUUCAUGUCUUAAAGUAAUGAUGCUGUUGUUUCUCUUUGAUUAUUUGAGCUGUUCUUGCCAUAAUAUGGACUUGGUCUUUUACCAAAUAGGGCUAUCUUCUGUAUACCACCCCUACCUUGUCACAACAAAACUGAUUGGCUCAAACGCAUUAAGAAGGAAAUAAACUCCACAAAUUAACUUUUAAGAAGGCACACCUGUUAAUUGAAAUGCUUUCCAUGUGACUACCUCAUGAAGCUGGUUGAGAGAAUGGCAAUAGUGUGCAAAGCUGUCAAGGCAAAGGGUGGCUACUUUGAAGAAUAUCAAAUAUAAAAUAUAUUUUGAUUUGUUUAACCAUUUUUUGGUUACUACAUGAUUCCGUAUGUGUUAUUUCAUAGUUUUGAUGUCUUCACUAUUAGUCUACAAUGUAAAAAUAAAGACAUAACCCUGGAAUGAAAGGUGUGUCCAAACUUUUGACUGGUACUGUAUGUCACCACCUAUCAACCACUGAGAAAGUUGGGCUAUGUCUUUCUGUUAAGUUACAGUGCAGGUGUGCUAUAUCUUGCUAAGUUACGGUGAACGUUUUUUUCCACCUGGUCAGUCACAAGGAAGGUUUACUAACGUAUUUCAUAUGUUGGGUCAUGGGGAUGUUUGAGCUGUUAAGAUACAGUGAAGGUGGAUUGUUUACAUUUUAAAGCAGUGGAGGCUGGUGGGAGGAGCUAUAGGAGGACGUGUUUAUUGUAAUGGAAAAAUGGAACAGUCCCAAACGUGGUUUCCAUACGUUUGACGUGUUUGAUAUCGUUCCAUUUAUUCCAUUACAAUGAGCAAGUCCUCCUAUAGCUCCUCCCUCCAGCCUCCUCUGAUUGAAAGGUAUACUAGGUACACAAUGUAUAUGUCACCUGCAUUGACGCCAGGUUUGUCUCUGUGUCGGAUUCCUUCAGGAGCGCUGUCGUGAAGCUGAGCUGGAGCACUGGGUGCACGCCGGCCUGACGGCGAAAGAGAAGCGCGACGGCAAGAAGAGGACCAAACUCCCCGAGACGCCUAAGACUGCCGAGGAGAUGUGGCAACAGAGCGUCAUAGGAGACUACCUGGCCAAGUACAGGGUGAGAAAGAGUAACAUUUUAUGUCCGCAAAACAGCCAUUAGAUUUAUAUUUAUUUAUGAAUAUACAGUCGUGUAACACAAGUAUUGGUCUUCACAAAGUUCGCUGCUUCAGUGUUAUGAGAUAUUUUUGUCAGAUGUUACUAUGGUAUACUGAAGUAUAAUUACAAGCAUUCCAUAAGUGUCAAAGGCUUUUAUUGACAAUUACAUUAAGUUUAUGCAAAGACUCAAUAUUUGCAGUGUUGACCCUUCUUUUUCAAAACCUCUGCAAUCCGCCCUGGCAUGCUGUCAAUUAACUUCUGGGCCACAUCCUGACUGAUGGCAGCUCAUUCUUGCAUAAUCAAUGCUUGGAGUUUGUCCGAAUUUGUGGGUUUUUGUUUGUCCACCUGCCUCUUGAGGAUCGACCACAAGUUCUCAAUGGGAUUAAGGUCUGGGGAGUUUCCUGGCCAUGGACCCAAAAUGUCGAUGUUUUGUUCCCCGAGCCACUUAGUUAUUACUUUUGCCUUUUGUCAAGGUGCUCCAUCAUGCUGGAAAAGGCAUUGUUCGUCACCAAACUAUUCUUGGAUGGUUGGGAGAUGUUGCUCUCGGAGGAUGUGUUGGUACCAUUCUUUGUUCAUGGCUGUGUUCUUAGGCAAAAUUGUGAGUGAGCCCACUCCUUUGGCUGAGAAGCAACCCCACACAUCAAUGGUCUCAGGAUGCUUUACUGUUGGCAUGACACAGGACUGAUGGUAACUCAAUCAUCAAGUUUGCAGACGACACAACAGGACAAGGUGUUUUCCGGAUGACCCAAACAAUCGGAACGGGGAUUCAUCAGAGAAAAUGAUUUUACCCCAGUCCUCAGCAGUCCAAUCCCUGUACCUUUUGCAGAAUAUCAGUAUGUCUCUGAUGUUUUUCCUGGAGAGAAGUGGCUUCUUUGCUGCCCUUCUUGACACCAGGCCAUCCUACAAAAGUCUUCGCCUCACUGUGCGUGCAGAUGCACUCACACCUGCCUGCUGCCAUUCCUGAGCAAGCUCUGCACUGGUGGUGCCCCGAUCCCGCAGCUGAAUCAACUUUAGGAGACGGUCCUGGCACUUGCUGGACUUUCUUGGGGCGCCCUGACGCCUUCUUCACAACAAUUGAACCUCUCUCCUUGAAGUUCUUGAUGAGCCGAUAAAUGGUUGAUUUAGGUGCAAUCUUACUAGCAGCAAUAUCCUUGCCUGUGAUGCCCUUUUUGUGCAAAGCAAUGAUGACGGCACGUGUUUCCUUGCAGGUAACCAUGGUUAACAGAGGAAGAACAAUGAUUUCAAGCACCUUUUUUAAAGCUUCCAGUCUGUUAUUCUAACUCAAUCAGCAUGACAGAGUGAUCUCCAGCCUUGUCCUCGUCAACACUCUCACCUGUGUUAAGGAGAGAAUCACUGACAUGAUGGCCGCUGGUCCUUUUGUGGCAGGGCUGAAAUGCAGUGGAAAUGUUUUUUGGGGGAUUAAGUACAUUUUCAUGGCAGCAGAUUUUGUGAAAAUUAGUAUUUGUGUCAUUCUCAAAACCUUUGACCACGACUGUACUGUAGGGCCAUAUACAUUUUUAUAGUUUUCUAUCUCGUUUUAGUGUUUUACAUUUAGAUUAAAGUAGUUAUUUUUCCCCAACACCAUAACUUAAAAAAAAAAUAAUUAAACACUGUAUACCUUGGUGGGUCAAAUCAAAACCCCUGCCGUACAGCAUCUAGGAAUGUGCUUUAAUCCAUACAUUCCUAAGGAGGGAUACAAAUUCUGUGUCCCGUGUCUUCUGGUUACAGAGUGACCGCAAGAAGGCCCAGAGUGCCAUGGAGUCAGCUUGGAAGGACAUGGAGAAGAAGGAGAAGAUCCCGUGGAUCAAGAAGGCGGCUGAGGACCAGAAGCGUUACGAGGUUCAGUACCGGCCCGUGGUCAGUGACCAGAUGUUUUGACCGCUGUCUUCUCCAGUUGUGCUGAAGAAAUGUCAAAAUGUUGGUCGCCCUCCCCACCCCUUCUCUUUCCUCUCUCUCCCCCAUCCCUCCUCAUCCCACACCCUCCUCCAAGCCACCCCUGACGGAGAGUGGAGUUGGGGGAUCCGUCCCGUCUGGAUGCGUUUGAGUGAUCUGUUUUUCUCGAUGUUGUUGGUUUCUUCUGCUUUCUGCCAUUGUAUGAGUCUUGACAUUUGUGUGUAUGGGUGUUUGUUUGCUGGAUGUCACGCUGCUCAAAAAAAUAAAGGGAACACUAAAAUAACACAUCCUUGAUCUGAAUGAAUGAAAUAAUCUUAUUAAAUACUUUUUUCUUUACAUAGUUGAAUGUGCUGACAACAAAAUCACGCAAAAAUGAUCAAUGGAAAUCAAAUUUAUCAACCCAUGGAGGUCUGGAUUUGGAGUCACCCUCAAAAUUAAGGUGGAAAACCACACUACAGGCUGAUCCAACAUUGAUGUAAUGUCCUUAAAACAAGUCAAAAUGAGAAUCAGUAGUGUGUGUGGCCUCCACGUGCCUGUAUGACAUCCCUACAAUGCCUGGGCAUGCUCCUGAUGAGGUGGCGGAUGGUCUCCUGAGGGAUCUCCUCCCAGACCUGGACUAAAGCAUCCGCCAACUCCUGGACAGUCUGUGGUGCAACGUGGCGUUGGUGGAUGGAGCGAGACAUGAUGUCCCAGAUGUGCUCAAUUGGAUUCAGGUCUGGGGAACGGGCGGGCCAGUCCAUAGCAUCAAUGCCUUCCUCUUGCAGGAACUGCUGACACACUCCAGCCACAUGAGGUCUAGCAUUGUCUUGCAUUAGGAGGAACCCAGGGCCAACCACACCAGCAUAUGGUCUCACAAGGGGUCUGAGGAUCUCAUCUCGGUACCUAAUGGCAGUCAGGCUACCUCUGGCGAGCACAUGGAGGGCUGUGUGGCCCCCCAAAGAAAUGCCACCCCACACCAUGACUGACCCACCGCCAAACCGGUCAUGCUGGAGGAUGUUGCAGGCAGCAGAACGUUCUCCACGGCGUCUCCAGACUCUGUCACGUCUGUCACGUGCUCAGUGUGAACCUGCUUUCAUCUGUGAAGAGUACAGGGCGCCAGUGGCGAAUUUGCCAAUCUUGGUGUUCUCUGGCAAAUGCCAAACGUCCUGCACGGUGUUGGGCUGUAAGCACAACCCCCACCUGUGGACGUCGGGCCCUCAUACCACCUUCAUGGAGUCUGUUUCUGACCGUUUGAGCAGACACAUGCACAUUUGUGGCCUGCUGGAGGUCAUUUUGCAGGGCUCUGGCAGUGCUCCUCCUGCUCCUCCUUGCAAAAGGCGGAGGUAGCAGUCCUGCUGCUGGGUUGUUGCCCUCCUACGGCCUCCUCCACGUCUCCUGAUGUACUGGCCUGUCUCCUGGUAGCGCCUCCAUGCUCUGGACACUACGCUGACAGACACAGCAAACCUUCUUGCCACAGCUCGCAUUGAUGUGCCAUCCUGGAUGAGCUGCACUACCUGAGCCACUUGUGUGGGUUGUAGACUCCGUCUCAUGCUACCACUAGAGUGAAAGCACCGCCAGCAUUCAAAAGUGACCAAAACAUCAGCCAGGAAGCAUAGGAACUAAGAAGUGGUCUGUGGUCACCACCUGCAAAACCAGUCCUUUAUUGGGGGUGUCUUGCUAAUUGCAUAUAAUUUCCACCUGUUGUCUAUUCCAUUUGCACAACAGCAUGUGAAAUGUAUUGUCAAUCAGUGUUGCUUCCUAAGUGGACAGUUUGAUUUCACAGAAGUGUGAUUGACUUGGAGUUACAUUGUGUUGUUUUAAGUGUUCCCUUUAUUUUUUUGAGCAGUGUAUGUCAUGGGUAUUUCUAAAGAUUAUCCAAUUAACUGUCCCUGUAUUUUGUUGUGUGUAAUUUUCAUGAGCCAUACCAUUGCCCAUAUUGCUGACCUGGGUCAAAUACUGUCAAAUACUUGAUUUAAUUUGCCCGAUACAAUGGAACCCUUGGGAUAGUAUUCCAAGUAUUUGACAUGUACAGGACACCCAGGUCUGAUGCAAGGUAAUGUGUGUGUGUGUGUGUGUGGUGGACUGUGCUCGUGGUAUAAUGACAGUGCUUGUCCCGCAGAGGGAAUUGUUGGAGUUUAGAACGCCCCAGUCAGGAGCAGGCCAGAGGAAACCCAAGUUUGAAGGGGAGCCCAAGAAGCCACCAGUGUGAGUAACCACACGCCGACUCUUUUGAGUGUUAUUGAUGUUACUGGUGUCUUUUUGUCAUAUGGUUUCUUUUCUUGGCUUAUCCUGGCCAAUGUUCUUUUAAAUUUCUUGUUUUACUUUGCUACGUCCAUUUGCUACGUCUCUCCUUUUCCCCAAAUGUCAUCUGCUUUUCUUAUUUUUCAACGACCUGCACCAUCAUUGUUUUUCUCCUUUUUUAGUGUCGUUCACCACCUUAAUCAGGGACUUUAAGUCUAGAGGCUCUUAGAUUCACUUACUUUUGUGUGUUGCUAAUUGUUUUUCGUAUAGGUCCCUUGCAUGUCCUUUUAUCAAUUUAUACAGUGCCUUCAGAAAGUAUUCACACCCCUUGACUUUUUCCAAAUUUUGUUGUUACAGCCUGAAUUUUUGGUCACUGGCCUACACACAAAACCCCAUCAUGUCAAAGUGUUCGAAAUGUUUACAAAUUAAUUAGAAAUGAAAAGCUGAUAUGUCUUGAGUCAAUAAGUAUUCAACCCCUUUGUUAUGGCAAGCCUAAAUAAGUUCAGGAGUAAAUAUGUGCUUAAUAAGUUUCAUAAACUCACUCUGUGUGCAAUAAUAGUGUUUAACAUGAUUUUUGAAUGUCUACCUCAUCUCUGUACUCCACACAUACAAUUAUCUGUAAGAUCCCUCAGUCGAGCAGUGAAUUUCAAACACAGAUUCAACCACGAAGACCAGGGAGGUUUUCCAAUGCCUUGCAAAGAAGGGCACCUAUUGGUAGAUUGGUACAAAUAAAAAAAGCAGACAUUGAAUAUUCCUUUGAGCAUGGUGAAGUUAUUAAUUACACUUUGGAUGGUGAAUCAAUUCACUUCACUUAGUCAACACAAAGAUACAGGCGUCCUUCCUAACUGAGUUGCCUGAGAGGAAGGAAAACGCUCAGGGAUUUCACCAUGAGGCCAAUGGUGACUUUAAAACAGUUACAGAGUUUAAUGGCUGUGAUAGGAGAAAACUGAGGAUGGGUCAACAACAUUGUAGUUACUCCACAACACUAACCUAACUGACAGUGAAAAGGAAGCUUGUACAGAAUAAACAUAUUCCAAAACAUGCAUCCUGUUUGUGACAAGGCACUAAAGUAAUCCUGCAAAAAAAUGUGGCAAAGCAAUUCACUUUUUGUCCUGUAUACAAAAUGUUAUGUUUGGAGCAAAUCUAAUACAAAACAUUACUGUGUACCAUUCUCCAUAUUUUCAAGCAUAGUUGUGGCUGAAUUAUGUUAUGGGUAUGCUUGUAAUCGUUAAGGAGGAAAACCUGGUUCAGUCUGCUUUCCACCAGACACUGAGAGAUUAAUUCACCUUUGAGCAGGACAAUAACUUAAAACACAAGGCCAAAUCUACACUGGGGUUGCUUACCAAGAAGACAGUGAACGUUCUGAGUUACAGUUUUGACUUUAAUCUGCUUGAAAAUGGCAAGACUUGAAAAUGGUUGUCUAGCAAUGAUCAACAACCAAUUUGACAGAGCUUGACAUUCUUUGAAAAGAAUAAUGGGCAAUGGUUGCACAAUCCAGGUGUGGAAAGCUCUUAGAGGCUUACCCAGAAAGACUCACAGGUGUACUCACUGGCAAAGUUGAUUCUAACGUGUAUUGACUCAGGGGGUUGAAUACUUAACUAAUCAAGAUAUGUUAGUGUUUUAUUUUUCAUAUUGUGUUGUUCAUGUUAGAAUUUUUCUUCCACUUUGACAUAACAUAGUAUUUUGUGUAGAUUGUUGACAAUUAAAUAUAUUUUAAUCCCACUUUGUAACAUAACAAAAUGUGGGAAAAGUCAAGGGGUGUGAAUACUUUCUGAAGGCACUGUAAAUAUGUAUACCGAACAAAAAUAUAAACGCUACAUGCAACAAUUUACAGUUCAUAUAAGGAAAUCAGUCAAUUGAAAUAAAUAAAUUAGGCCCUAAUCUAUGGAUUUCACAUGACUGGGAAUAAAGAUAUACUUUUUUUUCUUAAAAAAGAAAAGGUAGGAGCAUGGGUCAGAAAACCAGUCAGUAUCUGGGGUGACCACCAUUUCCUCAUGCAGUGCGACACAUCUCCUUCGCAUAGAGUUGAUCAGGCUGUUGAUUGUGGCCUGUGGUAUUUUGUCCCACUCCUCUUCAAUGGCUGUGCGAAGUUGCUGGAUAUUGCCGGGAACUGGAACACGCUCUCAAUCCAGAGCAUCCCAAACACGCUCAAUGGGUGACAUGUCUGGUGGGUAUGCAGGCCAUGGAAGAACUGGGACAUUUUCAGCUUCCAGGAAUUGUGUAGUGUAGUGGCGGCAGGUAGCUUAGUGGUUAAGAGCGUUGUGCCAGUAACCAAAAGGUCACUGGUUCUAAUCCCCGAGCCGACUAGGUGAAAAAUCUGUCGUGUGCCCUUGAGCAAGGCACUUAACCCUAAUUGCUCAUGUAAGUCGCUCUGGAUAAGAGCGUCUGCUAAAUCACUAAAAUGUAAAUGUAAAAAAUGUGUACUGAUCCUUGCGCCGUGGGGCCGUGCAUUAUCAUGCUGAAACAUGAGAUGAUGGUGGUGGAUGAAUGGCACGACAAUGGGCCUCAGGAUCUCGUCAUGGUAUCUCUAUUGCAUUUUAUCAAUGGCAAUUUGAAUGCACAGUGUUUGUUGUCUGUAGCUUAUGCCUGCCUGCCCAUACCAUAACCUCACCGCCACCAUGGGGCACUUUGUUCACACCAGCAAACCGCUCACCCACACAACGCCAUACACGUAGUGUGCGGUUGUGAGGCCGGUUGGAUGUACUGCCAAAUUCUCUAAAAUGAUGUUGGAGGCGGCUUAUGGUAAAGAAAUUAAUAUUCAAUUAUCUGGCAACAGCUCUGGUGGACAUUCCUGCAGUCAGCAUGCCAAUUGCAUGCUCCCUCAACUUGAGGCAUCUGAGGCAUUGUGUUGUGUGACAAAACUGCACAUUUUAGUGGCCUUUUGUUGUGCCCAGCACAAGGUACACCUGUGUAAUGAUAUGCUAUUUGAUAUGAUACACCUGUCAGGUGGAUGGAUUAUCUUGGCAAAGGAGAAAUGCUCACUAACAGGGAUGUAGUGUUGUUGUGUCUCUUGUCAUGAUGUGUGUUUUGUCCUAUAUUUAAAUUUUUCAUCCCAGUCCCCGUCCCCGCAGGAGGCCUUUGCUUUGGUAGGCCGUCAUUGUAAAUAAGAAUUUGUUCUUUACUGACUUGCCUAGUUAAAUAAAAUUAAAAACACAUUUGUGCACAACAUUUUUGAGAAAUAAGCUUUUUGUGCAUAUGAAAAAUUUCGGGGAUCUUUUAUUUUAGCUCAUGAAACAUGGGACACUUUACAUGUUGCGUUUAUAUUUUUGUUCAGUGUAUUUAGAUGGACCUAUGCCAUUUAUUUGCUCUUGGAUUGCAGUUUUUGUUAGGGAUGUGACAAAUGGAAAACAUUUAAACCGCUAUUUUAUUUAUUGGUUAAAGCUGCAGUAUGUCACUUUUUGGGCGACCCAACCAAAUUCACAUAGAAAUGUGAGUUAUAGAUCUGUCAUUCUCAUUGCAAGCAAGUCUAAAAAGCGAUAGGUCUGUUCUAUGUGCGCCUUUUCUAAGCUUCCCGUUCUGAAGUUUAGUUUUUGCGUCUUUUACUUUCGGUUUUGUACACCAGCUUCAAACAGCUGAAAAUACAAUCUUUUUGGUUAUGGAAAAUAUAUUUCACAGCAGUUUAGAUGGUACAAUGAUUCUCUAUACUUGCUUGUUUUGUUACAUAAACUGAAAAUAGGCACACUAUUAGAAUUUUAGCAACCAGGAAAUGGCGGAGCGAAUUCUGCAUAGUGUAUCUUGAAAAUAAGACAUUUUCAUAAAAUUCCAUGUCAAAUCAUAUUGCCUGGUGUGACUGCUAGGGGGCGACAUCUGGAAUCUGCUUCGGGCAGGUGAAAUCUUGUCCUGAAGACAACCAUUAAUUCACGUUGACUCUAGUAUUCCUUCCAUUUCAUUAUGUGCAUUAGCUACUCACAACAAAAAGUAAACCUAGCCAAGUGAUCACAAUUCUUCUCCCUACAUUCUCUUUUCCCUCCAUUUCGUGACUCUCACUCAAUUUGGAUCCGACCACUCCCUCUACACAUUAGGCCUACAGAAAUUACUGCCUAUAAAAACUGAUGGGCUACACAAACAAAUGUAGACGAGCUACAUUCCUUGCCAAAUCAAGACCGCUUUACCACAAAUUCAAAAUGGACUGGUUGAUUAAAGUAGGGAAAUGUGUGUUCCAACCACGAGCUGCAGUUUGGAAUAAUAAAUGAGUCUUGUCUAGGUUUGUUUUUGGAUUUUUUGCAAACUGCUAUAGUGUGCCAUUUGGAAUAAUUUCUGUAAUCAACGCUUUUUUUUCUCCAACUGUUAAAGAUGUGUGUAUUGCUUUGUAUCCGUGGCAAAUAAUUUGGAAGAUGCUGCAUAUCCCCUCUUACUAAUAUUACAGCAUUGUUGCAUUAGGUAGGCCUAUUUGUUAAAUAUUUUCCCUUUAUGAUGAGGAGUGGGACCUGCUAGUGGUCGUUUUGUGAUAACCGCACUGUGAUUUUGUAAAACAUUUUGUGGAGAAAAAACCCUCAUUGUUUUUAGUUUAGGGAUUUUUCUUAAUGUUAAGGGUUACUUUUCAUUUAAAUGUUCACACCCUUAGUUUGUAUUGACUGCUAUGUGGGUGUAAUUCAUCUUGAAUUAAACCAUUCUCCCUGUCUCUCUCUCUGCAGGAGUGGCUACCAGAUGUUCUCCCAGGAGCUGCUGACCAACGGCGAGCUGAACCACUUCAGCCUGAAGGAGCGCAUGGUGGAGAUCGGCAAGCGCUGGCACAAGCUCAGCCAGAGCCACAAGGACAAGUACAAAAAGCUGGUGGAGGAGCAGCAGAUCGGGUACAAGGCCGAGCUGGAGGCCUGGGUCAAGGUAAGGGAGGGUAAUCUUCGGGGUCAUAGGUCAAAGAAUGGCUAUUUGUUAGUCGCCUUGCCUGAAAAUAAUCAAAUAAGCAUUCAAAUAUCAAACGGAACGAGCCAGAUCGCAUAAGGAUACAUUGAUACAAGACGCAUACUCAGAACCUGUAUUGUUGUAUUUAUUCUUCAAAAAUCAUUAAACAGUUGAAAUGAUAGAUCAAAUGUUAGCGACAGCACUUUUGGAAGAAAUCAGUCUUUUUAUUUGGUCAUUUCUUCCCCCUUACUCUUUUCCCCCAUCUUUCUUUCUCUCGUCCCCUUCAGUCUCUCUCUCCCCAGGAGCGAGCGGUUUAUAGAGAGUUCUCCACCACGGUGAGAAACACUCAUUUAACAUAGCACUUCAUAUACAAUGCCCCAAACACACACUAAUGCUAUAAUAGUUGUAUUCCCCAUUCACAGCCUUCAUAUUCCAUAGCUACAGCUACUCUCUUCUCUGUAGCUGGAGUACUAAAAACCAUACAACAAAUAUAUAUUUUGUUAGAUGCCCGCUUGUUCUGUCUUUGUAGCCUGAUGUGACUGCAAUAGUGACUAUCUGUAUGCACAAGCGGGCAUCUAACAUUAUUGCAUUUGAAUGGCAAAAUAACAUAAUUAUAUUAGCAUCUAGCUACUAAUCAUCAUUCCUUUGAGCUUGAACCGUGUUUGUGUGCCGCCCAACCUACAUAUUUUCACCCCCCUGUCCAUUCUCCCUCUCCGUCUUCCAUCUCUCCCUCACCACCCACCCACCGUCCUCCAUCUCUCCCUCACCACCCACCCACCGUCCUCCAUCUCUCCCUCACCACCCACCCACCGUCCUCCAUCUCUGCCUCACCCACCGUCCUCCAUCUCUCCCUCACCCACCGUCCUCCAUCUCCCCCCUCACCACCCACCCACCGUCCUCCAUCUCUCCCUCACCCACCGUCCUCCAUCUCUCCCUCACCCACCGUCCUCCAUCUCUCCCUCACCCACCGUCCUCCAUCUCUCCCUCACCCACCGUCCUCCAUCUCUCCCUCACCACCCACCCACUGUCCUCCAUCUCUCCCUCACCACCCACCCACCCCCUCCCUUCUCGCUUCCCCCAUGCAGAAACGGCGGAGCACCACCAAGGUGCGGGGGGCCCAGGGGGCCAAGGUGUGCGUGACGGCGACAGUGAAGGGGAAGGCGGUAGGUGCCAGAGCCGCAGCAGCAGGGGUCGGGGGGGGCAAGCGGGCCAUGGCGUACCGGGCCAAGGUAACUCCGACGCUCUCGCCAGACUGCUUCUCUCACACACACACACAGAGACGGAGAUAUACAGGCGUGCACUCAAAAUCCACGCACUCACACACAGAAGCAUUAGUCACACUCACUCAGUCCCUUACACACAAACACUCUGAUUUUGAGGCAGUGGCAUGUGCAUGGGUGGUGGUCAGGCUGUGGUACCUUGGGCUGUGUGUGGGCUCCUGCCAUUUUAAUGGUUUAAAAACCAAAUUAUUUUAAUCAACUGUGUAGUGCUAGGGCAAAAACCAAAACGUGCACCCAGGGGAGUCCCAGUACUGAGUUUGGGAAACCCUGAGUUAAGGUAGAUCGUCAAGACCUGGAUUCCUCUGUGGGCUUUAGCAGUCCCUACUGUGAUUAAGGCUCAAACAGUCUGCAUUUUGUCUGUGGCAGUAUGACACUGGUUACUCGUACAUUUUGCUGUGUCUUACGUGCUUUUACGUCAGUACGUUUUUAGUUAGUGUGUUUUAACCUGUUAUCAUCGGAGGGUGUUUGUGUGCGUGGUAUAUGUUAUGCUAUCGUGUUUGUGUCCUGUAAUUGUGUAUUCCAUGUGCCGUUAUAAGCAUGUAUACUGUGCACGUCUGUGUGACAUUCUGUAAACAUGCGAGUUUGCGGUAAAGGCGUGACCCUGUGCUCUCCAGCAGGAUUCGUCCGACUCGGACGAUGACAAGACGGACUCGUCAGACUCUGAUGACGACGAAGAAUCGUCCGGCAGCUCCGACAGUGAAGAUGACGACGAUGAUGAGGUGAAUUUUCUAAGCCAAAGGUCAUCGGCACUAUGCUUUAGUGCAGACUUGGGUCAAAUACAUAAGCAAAAUAUAAAAGUAUUUGAGGUGGGCAAACCAAAUCAAACACAGCACUAAUAGUCAAAUGUAUUUGACCCAGAUGUUCUACUGUCUCUGUCCUCUAGAAUGAUGAUGACGACGACCCAUCCGAGGGCUCCAGCAGCUCUUCCUCAGAGGACAGCAGUGACUCGGACUCAGACUAGCCACCCCCCCCCCCCCAAAUAGGAGGGGCUGUGCGGGACACGCCUCCUCGCAAGUCAGGCGCAGUCACAGCGGCGUCAUCAAGUCGCUCACACGUUGGCUCCGCCCACCUCUUUCUCACAAGGAGAAAUGAGAGACGGGAGAGAGUGAGACUGAGGGAAGAAAUAAAGGGAGGAAUGGAAAAGUCAUGCUCCCACCGUUGUUGACCCGGAGCACUUUUAUUCAACUGGGACAAGAUCUCUUUUACAGGGGCUUUGUUACGUGUUCAAUGCCUUUCUAGGUGUUUAUUAUGAACUUGUUGCAACAUUUUUCUUUUUUAAAACUUUUGAGAAGGAAAUUUCUAAUUAAAGCAGUUUAGGCUUUUUUGAACAAGAAUGGUUUCUACAGAGUUUGACUGGGAGGGGCAUAUUGAGGAGUUUGCUGUUUUUUUGUCCUUGGGUCUAACAGUCCGUGCAGAG